AAAACAGUCAUCUUGGCACGUGACAAAUCCGAUAAAAAAUGCUCUCAUCGUACAGGAAAUUAUGUACCCUAAUCAUCCUGGAGACAUACAAUCAUCGCCCAAUGCACUUCCUUAUCAGUGCGCUGUUUUGAAUGCUCGUUUAGAUUAAAUCACCACACAUUAUCCAUCGGGUAGAGGUAUGGCGAUAAAAUGAGCUGAUGAGUUGGAUGGCUUACCGAUUGAUACCAUAAUUAUCCACUGUUUGACACUUAGAUUACAAAAAGAUAAAAUUCAGUAAUGAGAAAAGUGAGAUAGCUACAACUGCUUACAGCACAAGAUGAAACUCCGUUAGGUAUAAUAUUUAUAAAUCAUUAUUUUCUACCUUGAUUUGUAAGCGAAAGUAAAAUCUACUGCUCACCGCAAACUAAUUCAUGUGUGUUAACCUCCCACGCGUGCAGGUGAUCUUCAUGCUGCUUCAUCGUGGGAAAGGUUACCUUAACGUAGAAGGGUUGUACACCUCCUCAGGCUCGAAGCAAUCACGAUAAUGGAAAGGGGCAACAGAAAUGGUACAUAUCAUUUUUCAAGAUAACAUCACCUUGGAUCAUAAUGCACAGCACACAAUUAGCAAGCGGUAGAAAAGGAGAAGUGGGAGGUGGGCAGCAUUUGUUUGGGGUUUUACACGAGGUGAAAUAAAUCCACCGUCAUCAAAUAAUAUUCAAACAGCUUCAAAUGCAACCGACAAGCACCUCUCGCACAUAAAGCCCCCGCUUCCCAUGUUGUGCUUGUAGUUCCACCACAUUGCCACUUUGAAAUCCAAACGGUUUUUAGCAGAUAAGACAAGGCACUCAUGUUAAAGAACUGCUGCUGAAACCAUUGGUUCAGUCGCAACCCGUCGUCUGCCACAGAUGGUAUAUAGUGUACGGUGUAGUGUAUGGUUUGAGUGUGUGUGUGUGUGUGUGUUAAGCUGUUGUGGGAAAAAGAACCAUUUCCCCUCAACCCCGCGCCGGUGAAGCCGACCAUGUGCACGUGCCAUUUAUUUUCCACGCGGUAACAAAUCUCGCUGCCGAGUAGCAAUUUUGUACGCGCGAACGAACCACAUGCAAAAACCGUGCGGUCGCCGUGAAGGUUAAGGUACGGUGCAUUGGGGUGGAUUCGGUGCACAUAGUUCAAUCUAUCGUUGGUGAGCGCGGAAUUUAUCACUAGCCGUUGUGCAGCUGCAUCGAACGAACGAUGCAACCAUGGUUGCGGGUGUCACUGCUGCUGUGUGUCUUUGGGUUCUUCCGCGAGCUGCGCGUUUCCGAACCAUUCGUCACCGAGUUCCUUUCGGGCGAAUGGCGGGACAUAGAACCGGAACAGCUAAACCGUGACGUCUACCCGAUCGGCACGUACAGUCAGGUCGCGCUGCUAGUGUUUAUGUUUCUGCUCACGGAUGUCCUCAGAUACAAAUCGAUAAUUGUAUUUUCUGCCUGCUUGGGCAUCGUCAUCUGGUCACUGCUGCUGUGGACUGAAUCGUUGGCUGCACUGCAGGUCGUGCAAGUACUGUACGGUGCCUACAUGGCUUCGGAGGUUGCCUACUACACGUACAUCUAUGCCAAGAUUAGCCGGGAAAAGUAUCAACAGGUGACUGGCAACACACGGGCCGCCAUCCUGCUCGGCCGCUUCCUGUCCGGCGUAAUCUCCCAGAUACUCGUUUCUACCGGUGCGAUGAACGUACGCGACCUGAAUUACAUUACACUCGGCACGCAAGCCGUUUCUUUGCUCUGGUCAUUUUUGCUACCACCGGUAAAAACGAGUGUUUACUUCUAUUCACGUGACGAGGACGUAAAACCAACCACCGGAACAGUGGCAUGUGAUUCAGCAGUACAGCCACAGCAACAGGAGCAGCCGAAUUUGGUAGAACAAGCCGGGGAAAAUGCAUUGACUGUUUCACACAAAUCUUCGAUCAACGAGUCUCCAGAAAAUUCCCCUAAUGAUCCCAACAAAACCGUCGAAAAUGGUGACCCGAGAACGGAAACUGUCACCACCCAACCAAAGGCACGCUUUUCCGCUUCGCGUGCCGUACGACUGCUUUGGAAACAUUUUAUUUCCGCCUACCGACAACUUCCGGUAGUCCAGUGGAGCCUAUGGUGGGCGCUUGCAAUGGCCGGCUUCAUACAGGUGCAGGUGUACGUGCAGCUACUGUGGCAUGAGAUCGAUCAGCAACAGGGCACCCUCUUCAAUGGUGGUGGCGAGGCACUGCUCACACUGCUCGGUGCGAUAAGUGCCUUGGUGGCCGGGUACAUCGCCAAUCGCAUCUUCGAACAGUGGGCCCUCUGGAUUUUGACUGUAUGCUCCGGGCUGCAGGGAGGACUCACCUUAUACUCUGGCUUUGCCACCAACAUCUGGGUGGCGUACGUGCUUUACAUUCUGUUCGGCACACUGUACCUGUUCAUGGUCACUAUGGCAAGUGCCAUCGUAGCGAAAUAUCUCGAGGAGGACAGCUUUGGGUUGAUCUUCGGCAUCAACACGUUCGUGGCGAUCGGUGUACAGGCGCUACUGACACUGGCGACGAUCUCCGAACGUGGCCUGAUGCUUGACCCACGGGACCAGUUCAAGGUGUACGGUGGCUACUUUUUGGUACUAUCGAUAAUCUACCUAAUUGCUGCUAUCGUUGCCAGCGUGGCCCGACUGCUGCAGCUACGGAAGGUAGCAACCGCAACCACUCGAGAAAGUUCACCAGCUCCACCAUCGAACGACGGUGUGAAUUGACGACCGUAAGUGGUCGAAUGGAAUAAAAACAGUUCGAAAUAAUAAUCAAAACAAAAAACACAAAACGCCCAAAACACAACUUCGUCAUUUAGCCCGGCUAGACUGCAAAGACCCAGGCUGAGCGCCUUUCCUUCCUAUCUAUCAAUGUGACACCGUACGUCAACCGUUUUGUGAAAAGAAGAAAACAAACUACAGAAAAGCGGAACGAUUGAAACUGAAUCUAACUGGGGAGCUUAACAAAAAAAAACACUCACACCGGAAACACUUCGGUCAAUCGUGUCGAGCAAAACAAACUCUCUCCUCAAGUGUCCAACGAAGGAGUUGACCGGCAUCCGGGUAGAAGGUAUUUGGAAGUUUGGCGCUAGCUGUAUGGCACCAAAAACUGAAACUCAUCCAUGCACCGAGGUUGUGAAGAAUAAAGACACAUGCCUCUUCCCUUCCGGUUCACACUGGGACCUCCCUCUUCCCCCUGGUGGAUGAAAACUGACGCCAAGGAAAUCCUCCAAGCUUCCGGCGUGAACACUCGCGCAAAAGGGAAGCAUUCGGAACCGUAACUCGUGGCAAAAAAAACGCUGAAUGGAUCGCUUUCGGGUUCGCAUUUAUCAUCGACCUUCCGGUAUGGGGAGAAGCUUUCCCAAGCAUUUUCUUUCCUAGCUCGUACUUGUAUUGCGGUGGAAGGGUUGAUUCUUCCCCCCUCCAUUUUUUGCUUCCUGAUACUUCCUUCAAAACGGAAGCUGCUAAACCAUCAUAUACAAAACAUUAUUUUUCAUCGCAUCGCCCGUACCAUCUAAAAGUCAGAUUCACCCUACCGAAGCUAUGCGAACGAAGGCUACGAAGGCAUCCAUCUUUGGGCCGUCGCUGGUCUGCUUGUCUUACCACCCGAACACCAAUCUGGUCUGGGAAACGGAUACUUUCGUGAGGGAGUAGAGGGUGAAACUUUUGUGGUGCGCUUCAGCACAACUGCACUGGACCGAUGUGCAGCUAACGGACGAAAAUGGCAAUUGCAUCACUUCCUAUACUCUACCCGGAUGUUCCACCAUUCCGGGAUGGACUAUCCCACUCUUGCAAUCAUUCAACCCUCUUUCCGAAAUAGCUUCUUCUCAUUCAAGCGUCAACUAUCAGCAUCAGAGUUUGAUGUAGUUGUUGCAGAACCCAUUCGAUGGUAUUAAGAAAACCCGAGAACCGAACAGCAGAACGAGCGAGAUGCAUACCGUUGAUGCAGGAAAAGAAAUUAGGUUAAAUAAAUGUCAGCCAUAUUAAUGAUAUUUCAUUCGCUUCUAAAAGCUUUUUCGUAAGCUACACUUCGUACCUGCAACCGCGCGAUUCAUCCCGUCCCUGCCAUCAAACCCCAAAAGGAGUUGUAUUGUUCGCACAAAACGAUCGCAUUUCAGCGACCCAUCACACCAGCGAUAAUGAUUAGUGCAAUGAAUCAUCGUUAGCUUGCAGGUUGGGUGAUGCGGGGGAAAAAAACAAUAGUGUGUUCGGUUGAAACGUUCCCGGGACCAGCCAAGCAAAAGCGUAAAGUGCUUGUCUGCGAAACAGCGAUCGUUACCGUGGAUCAUUUAUUAUCCAAGCGGUAGAGCGCAAUGACGAACAGCAUUGUUAGCAUCACGCCGUGCACAAAUCCAAACAAAGUUCCGGCACCGUUCGGCGCCAUGAAGCUAGAGCCGGGAUUGUAAUGUUUUAUUGGACCCUUUGCCUACCCAAAAAAAAAACAGCGAACCCAAUCCAUCCACUCAAUUGCUUUGCAUUUGCCCCAGUUAGAUGUUUUCCAGUCUUUGAUCUUUGAGAUGGCGAUAAAGUAAGAAGUAUUUCCACUUUUCCGCUUCUGUGGUCCUGGUUGGGUGGAUUGAGUUUCGAAUGUCAACUUGUGCUGCUAUCUAACUAAAAAGAGGGAAAUGUAUUUUCAAUUCAAUAACGACAAGUAAAUGACAAAAAGGUGAAAUUUCAAACGUUUGCUUUUGGUAAGGGUUUGUUCACUAAAAGGGUAGAAGUUAAUAUUUUCCUUCCAAGAAAUUUCAACCUUCUCCAGCGAAUAUUAGCUUCCAAGUACACCAGCUAACGUAGGUGAUAAGAAUAAGGUUAUUAGGUUACGCGAUACGUUGUACGAGAUUGAAUGUUCUAAUACACAUAAUUAUUACAGUA